CAAGAACCACUACCCGAGGAGUCGCCAGCCAAAAAGCAGUCCAAGUGGACACCAGAGGAGGACAAUCUAACCAUCGAAUUACGUGGCCAGGGCAUGAAAUGGGAUGAUAUCGCCAAACGCCUGCCAGGCAGAAGCUCCAUUUCGUGCCGUCUACGCUACCAAAACUACCUAGAGAAGCGCGUCGUCUGGGAUGAAGAAAAGAAGGACAAGCUCACAAGACUUUACGCUCGGUAUGCAAGAUCCUAUUUGAUUGACCAGAUGUGGCAGAAAGUGGCGACCGAAAUGGGAAUUCCAUGGCAUUCAGCCGAGUCCAUGCAUUAG